AUGGGUCUUCUACCUAGAGAUGGAAAAGAAUUUUGUCAAUGGGAGGCAAAGGAUGCUAGAAUUAUUUCUUGGAUUCUAGCAUCUAUUGAAGCUCAUAUGGUGAAUAAUUUACACUCCUUUAAUACAGCAAAGGAGAUGUGGGAUCAUUUGAAGCGUGUAUAUCAUCAAGAUAAUACAGCAAGAAGAUUUCAGCUUGAAUUGGAAAUUAGUAACUACGGCCAAGGUAACCUCUCUAUUAAGCAGUAUUAUUCUGGAUUUCUUAAUUUAUGGAGCGAAUACUCUAGUAUAAUCUAUUCUAGGGUACCAAGCCAAGCCUUAGCUGGUAUUCAAGCGGUUCAUGAAGAUAGUAAGCGUGACCAGUUUCUAAUGAAACUAAGGCUUGAAUUUGAAGCGGUCAGAGCUGGAUUGUUAAAUAGAAAUCCAAUUCUUUCUUUUGAUGUAUGUCUUGGUGACUUGUUGCAAGAAGAACAGAGAAUGGCUACACAAACUAUCAUAGGUGCAUCAAAGGAGAUAUCUGAAGUUGUCAAUAUUGCCUAUGCUGCUUAA